AAUUUGGUGUAUUAAGACUUUCUGUUACUAACCACCCCUCUCAAAGUUCACUGUGCGUCUCAGUUGAGGCAGACACCAUUGGGACACUCACACUAGCUCACAUGACGUCACGUGAACUUGGGAACACUUGUGCCCUCCCUGCACUACUACAGUCUCAAUCUGACAACACACACCAAAAACGCAAAGCGAACCUUGUGACGACGGCUAAACAACGCAAACUUUCUGGAGUUUAGAGCACAUAUAUACAUUUUUUUUUUUAUUUAUCGAGGGAAAUGGAAUGGAAUUCUUUCAUACGAGCUGAAAAACAGCAGUAGAGAGCAAGGUUAUAGUCUUCACUCAGAGUUCAGACAAGGGUCAUAAUGAUUGCUGAGUGAUUGAGUGGACUCAUUAUGGAUCUUGGCAACGAAGUGGAUCUCUCCAACAAUAUCACUCCUCUUUGGAAAAGACGGAGUGAAAAUAACAUCAAGCCCAGACCUCACAGUUACCAAAUAGAUGGUGUUCUUAUGACAGACUUUCCUGCGGAUGAUAGGUGCAUAUUCACUCUCACUCAGCCGGCUGAGAAGAUCAGCACCACUGUGUCAAACACUACAGUGCUGAAACACACUCUCAACAAACCCACAAGGAAGACUAGGGUGGUUCGGAGCAUCAGUAUUGGAUAUUUAUCUAACGGCCGGUUCUCUCUGUCAAACUUUACUAAAUCGGACAAUGAUAACAAUGCAGAGGCUACUUCUUCCCCUAAAACACCAUUGUUGCCCACAAAGAAUGGGAAUGGACUCAGUGUUUGGCAUGACAUAACAGAGCCCCUUAAACGUCUCUCUAGUCAGCUCACCCUCACCUCUCAAAGGGAUCAGAUUGUUUUCGGGGAUGCGUCUCCACCGCCAGACACAGUGUCACCAAAACCUAUCACCUCAAACAUAUCACCUCAGAUCUCCACACGGUCACGCCAAUUGCAGGAUGUCCCUGGGUCUCCCAUUGGCCUCCGGAGCUCCCCGCUUCACAGUUCCACCUCCAGCAUCCCCAAUAUUUCCUCCAACCUUAGCCUUCCCUUAGAUCCCCUAAUGCCCUGCAGCCCCUCCACUGCUGAAAGGCCAGGGGGCAUCCUGUUGCAGCGGCAGAGUUCCGGGUCAUCUCAGGGCUCGGAGGGCAAGCAGCCCCCUUCCUCAAUAAUACUGAGCACCCAUAGUCCUGCAGCACAGAAGAUGGGCACCCAGCAGAUCAUCCCCAGGGGUCUGGUCUCUGACUCACGCUUCAGCAAGCCCUCUCAAAAAUUUAUGGACGCUGGUAAAGGUGCCUUCCGACCGCGAAGCAUGUUUGAGACUUCUUCUUUCUCUUCCAGUAAGGAUGAUGAACUGGAUAGAGAUGAGAAUGCAGGACUACUGACAAGAGGUCAGCGCUCAAAAUCAUAUCGCCGGGCAAUGGUCAGUGGUGUAGAUAUAGACAUUCCAUCAUUAGACCCAAAGGCCAAACGCCUGUCCCAGCCUGUGCUGAAAGGAGUCGCUGAAGAGAGACAGUCUAACCUGAGUCCAUCCAAGAGCAAAAAUGUGGAGCAGAAGAAAGGCCUCCCAACCCAGCGGACAUUUGACAGUGAGGAGGAUGAAGUUCUGUACCAGAAUUACCAAGAGAAAGCCCUGCACAAUGAUUCUGAUGAGGAUACUGAGCCCAAACAACCUCAGCCAGAUGAAGGCAUUGUGGUCCAAUACAAACCCAUCCGGACGUCAUGGAGUCAACUUAGUGUGGUUAAAAAAAGUGGAAAGUGUGAGAUGUUAAGCCAAGAAGAACGAAAGAGACAAGAGGCCAUAUUUGAGGUCAUCUCAUCAGAGCACAGUUACCUACACAGUCUGGAAAUCCUCGUUCGCCUCUUCAAGAACUCAAAUGAGCUCAGCGAGACCAUUAACAAAACAGACCAUCACCAUCUCUUCUCCAACAUCGUUGAUGUCUGUGAGGCCAGCAAAAAGUUUUUCAAGGAACUUGAAGAUCGGCACCAGCAGAAUAUUGUAAUUGAUGACAUAAGUGACAUUGUUACAAGGCACGCCGAGUCAAACUUUGACCCCUAUGUGACAUACUGCUCGAAUGAAGUGUACCAGCAGAGAACCCUGCAAAGACUCCUAAAUAAAAGCUCGUCCUUUAAGGAGGUACUGACACGUAUCGAGGCCCACCCAGACUGCCGGAACCUUCCCAUGAUCUCCUUCCUCAUCCUUCCCAUGCAGAGAGUCACACGACUGCCCCUGUUGAUGGAUACCAUAUGCCAGAAGACGCCCAAUGAUUCAGUCUUUUAUGAGGCAUGUAAAAAAGCUCUGCAUGCUGUCAGCAAGCUUGUGAGGAAAUGUAAUGAGGGUGCUCGUACAAUGGAGAGAACGGAAAUGAUGUACACCAUCAAUUCCCAGUUGGAGUUUAAAAUUAAGCCAUUCCCACUGGUGUCAUCAUCCCGCUGGAUGGUAAAGCGUGGUGAGCUAACGGCCUUCGUAGAGGAAAAUGGGAUCUUUUCCAAGAGGACAUCUCGCCAGCAGGUCUAUUUCUUCCUCUUCAAUGAUGUUCUCAUUGUCACACGAAAGAAAAGGUGAGCUGGAGACCACAAAUUAUAUCUCUCAAACAGUGUCCAAAUGUGCCUCUGUUCUUCCCUGCUGUUAUUGUGCCCUGGAGGAUACUAUAGAAAACAGGAAAUUAUUGGGCUAAAGUGUGUGGAUAUAAAGGUACAGCUUGUACUGUAUGUACGGGUUGAUCCUAUUGCAGAGAUAGGGCAAAGUUAGCUUUAGCAAUUAUUCCAAAAGGAAAUGACAUAACUCAAAAACUGUACCCAAUUGUUGUAAGGAAUUAAAGUAAUUGAGAGGGCAGUAUUUUGUGUUAAAAUAAAGUGGAGUGGAAUUUUACCGCUGGCCAGUGCGUAAUAUCAAUAUUAUGGCUCGUUACCACUGAGCGGUACAGUACAGUUCUAUACGGUACGCAGUUUUUGAAUGGUACUCUAAUUCUGAACCGUACCGUACCACUUUUUUGGAACGCUUCUGUUGGGUUACCUAGCACAAUAGUAACAAUAGUACAGGUACCAGAAGGGUGGAGCUACACAGAGAAUCGUCACUUGCGUGCUACAAGGUGAAUGACAACAACAAAUAACAUUGCAACACAGUGUGUAUUUUUUGGCUGUUUUUCCUUUUGCCUUCGCUGAAACAAAGCUGCUGUAUGUCCUUCAUUGUUGUUUACUAUCACUAUCUUCUUCACGCAAGAAUGAUGUCGAUCGCUACUUUCCAGCAUACACCAUGCCUAUCAAGUAAGGGUACUGUUGGCACUGGAAAUGCAAGCCAGAUCAGGGUUUGCUGUCCCGAAUCGUACUGUACAGGACUGAACUGAACUGAACCGCACCGCUCAGUGGAAACAAGCCAUUAGAAUGUUAUUAUAAAAUAAAAUAUUGCUGUCCUAUCACUUUCACCCGGCACUACAAGGUUUUCUGGCUAAACCCUUUUUAGGUCAAACUAUGCUCUGAUGCAAACGACUGCAGAUGACACACACUACUCGCAUUGCUCCAGAUUUUGCUGUUAUGAUGAUCAGUUUGACUUGUUUUUUUGUUAGCAUUCCAAAAUGUGAUAUACUGUUUCCCUUGCUUCUGAUUCCUGUUUAAAUACAUUUAUGCCACCACUCUGACUCAUUUUCAAACUUUUUGGUGAUUGUCCUUGACAAACAUUGUGUUUUGUGCUACUUGGCACAAAGCAACUAAAAAAGAAAAUAAAUAACAAACAUUAUCUUGAUCAUGCAACACUGUUAAUGGUGGUGUCCAGUAGGAAAAUAACUCAUAUAACAUGUACGAGAUAACUUAUUGCUUGAAUGAUUUUGAGCGUGGUUAGGACACUCUGUUUUGUGGUCAGUUUUUCUUCUAAAAUUGUUUAGUUUAAAAUUGCACAUUUAGAACAUUUGACCUUUGAGGCUCACAUGUUUUUAAAAAUAUAUACAUUUGUUUUGUAGCAAUGUAAAGAGUAAACAUUGCUUUGUAUUUAUUUUAGAGUUGUCUGUAUUUGUGUGUAACAUGUCUUAUUGGUCCGUUUGUACAAUGUCUGCACAGUGCCAGUCAGUUUGUCAGUGAGUCAUGUAGUUAGCAAAGCUCCAUUUUUUUUCUUUUCUUUUUCUUUUUUCUCCUUUUUGUUUUUCUGGUCAUUUUUUGGGAACAUUCUGCACGCUAUAACAAGGGGACAACCUCCAGGAUAAUUAGAUGGUUUUUAUUUCUACUCCAGCAGAUACUGCCCCCAAGCUCGGUGUCUGGGAUUCAACUGAAAAAUGAGGAGCAAGCUUAGAAAAGCAAAGAAAAGCUUUUUUUUUUUUUUUUUCAACCACUGUGUGAUGUUUAUUCCGACACAUGGUUUGUACAAUAUGUUGGGGGAGCCUGAGUCACACUACUCGCUCAAAACUGAAGCAAAACAAACCCGUGCACGCCAUCACACACUCUCCACUCCAUCCCUCUUUUCAUUUCCUCUCUCUCUCUCUCUCUGCUCCACUGUUUUCACUCAUUUUCUCUGGUUAUGUAACUAACGUUUAAAUGCAUAAUAAUAAUGUUUAUUAGUGUUAUAGACAAUAGAAAAGGACACCAUGUUCAGUGCACUGUGUUCGAUGUCAAAUGAUUCAGUUGUUGUAUGAGUACACAGGGAUUGUUAUCAAAAUGUGAGUGUACAAGAAGUUUAACAUUAAAGGUUCAGUAUUAUACAGCGAUGUCAUAAUUCAUCUUUCAAAUAUGUAAUUACCCAAAUACAGCAUUUCUCUUCAUUCCAACACAGAGGCCUGUGUGUAUGUUGUUUACUCAAAAGUGUGUGAAUGUUUUGUGUCCUGGAGCUGGAACAUCUCUUGGUUGCUGGAGAGGAUAUCAUUAAAGCAGUAGGAACAUCAGAUUGCUCAAGUGAUAGAAAUUCCUACUGGAUGCUGUAAUAUGCAAUUAUAAUAUGAUAUGUCAGGAGCAGACGGUAGUGUAAUUGUCCAGCACUCAGUUUGCUGAUGGGAAAGCUGGUUAAAAAUUUGAUUAGUGCCAGUCCAGGUGCCACUUGUUGCCAGAACUGAGAGAAGGAAGAUGUGGUCGAUGUUUCUGACAGAUGGCCGGGGCCAGGGCAAAAUGGACAUUUUCAGGCAGUAGGAUUGUUUUACAUUUGUGUGUACACAUCAGCACACACUGAUGAGUGUUGACAUGCAUGCCCUCUCCUAGGUUUGGGCGAUAUGAUCGAAAUCUUAUUUAACAAUAACAAAUUGAAAUAUAGCUGCGAGCAGCGAUGGCGGGCCCAAGCCGGUGGCACCGCCACUCCGGUGGCUUCAGGGCAACUGUGCACAGUGGGCAAUAGGCAGUUAAAA